AUGUUACGGUUAUCGGUAGUACGAGUACAGCGCCUCAUACAAUUUGGACUGCUGAUAGUCGUUUGUCUUGGGGCUGCCAUCGUCGACGAAGAAGAGAUGGUGUUUGAUUUGUCUUCACUUGGUGAAGGAAUUUACAACUUGAGAAAUAAGAGCACAAGUCAAAAAUCUGGCUACGACGGGGUGGACAUCUCCGAGUGGGAAGAUCGAAAUCCAGAAGAAAUGGGAAUCUAUAUAGAAGGCGACAUUUAUCAACCAUUUGUACCGAAGAACGCAGUAAAAUUCAAAAGUAAAAAGUGGCAAAAGGCAACGAUUCCCUACGUGAUUAGUGACGAUUUUAGUCCGUCUGAGGUGCAAAAAAUUCGCAAUGCAUUUCAGAUUUUUCAAAAAAAGACGUGUAUCCGAUUUGUUCCAAGAUCGAAACAACUGGACUACAUCUCAAUCGAAACUUCCACCAGCGGAUGCUGGUCCACCGUUGGUCGAGCCGGUGGAAAACAAGUUCUCAACCUCCAGCGUAAUGCCUGCAUUCGUCGAACGGGCACGAUUCUACAUGAAUUGAUGCACGUUUUGGGAUUCUUUCACGAGCAUACCCGUCACGAUAGGGACAACUAUGUGUCCGUUAAUGUUAGAAAUAUAAAACCUGAUUCCAUGGGAAAUUUCCGAAAAGAACUACAGGAUAGAACUACAACACAUGGAAUACCAUAUGAUUUGGGCAGUGUGAUGCACUAUUCUUCGACAGCAUUCAGUCGGAAUGGAAAUCCCACUAUUGAACCAAAGGUUAAAUUUGCAGGAAAAAUUGGACAGCGUUACGGAUUUUCUGCUAAGGAUAUACAAAGCAUAAACAUCAUGUAUUGCUAA